AUGGACAGCAGCAGCAACAGUACCGCAGGCAAGAGUGGCCCAGGGGCUAAGCGUAAGUUUAGCUUCUUGGACGCCCUGUCGCCGGAAGAACGUGCACUCUUUGAAGAGCACGCUCGUGACGACGACGACGAUGUGCCCUCUUGCAGCGGCACUCAACGCAGCGCGAACCGAAGGCGUCGUCGUGCUAAAGCAGCCUCGUCGGAGGGACAGAGCGCAGCAAGGCCGGCGACCCAGGAGGCACCUAGUCGAUCGGAGAAGAGGAAGGGUGGCCAAAUAACGCCUCAGGUGCCACCUAAGCCCAAGAGAAUACGGGAAGAUAAACCACAAGAGGCCAGUGGUAGGCGCUCCUACCCCAACCAGCAGCCAAUAAGUACCGAAAGCCGCAAAUACUCGGAGGCUGUAAGUAGCAUCCGUAUGGCAGUGGUGCCCCGCAAUUACCCGGCGGAGGCCCUAGAGCCUGAGCAACUUACAGCCCUACAGAACUGCCUGGUAAAGGCCCUAUCCAUCGGCAAUAAGUUCACCGGUGCCUUUAACGGCAUAUUCUUUAAGGGCGGCAUGCUGCUGGUCGACUGCCAGGAAGAGAAGUCGGCCACCUGGCUGAAGGAGAUCACGCCAAGGCUCGAGGGUUGGAAGGGCCCGGCCCUGUGUGUAAAGAGAGGGGAGGAAAUACCGCGAACACACAGCAUGGUAGCGUUCUUUCCGAGAAGUGCAGAGGAUAGCUACGACUUCGUGCUUAGUCUGGUGAGGAACCAGAACGAAGGUUUAAGUACCUCGGCGUGGAAAGUCGUAGCAAGCAGUGUUGUGGGUUCCGGGUGGAACCUCAACAUCACGAUGGACGACGAGUCCUACAAGUUUAUAAGGCUGAAGGGAUUCAAACUGAAUUUCCGCUUCGGCAAGAUUAUGAUGCGGCCAUGGAGGCCCAAGGCUGCGUCCACGAGCCAAGAGGCCAAGACGGGGAUGAACGUAGCACCAGCUCCUCCCGUAGCCCGCCCAGCGGCGCAUGAGGCGACUGCAGCUGUGGCUUCGGGUAAGGACAGCGAAUCCCCCAGCGAACCCAUCUCGGCUGGGCAGGUUGCGACCGCCGCCGCGGAUGCAGAUGAAAGCAACGGGCAGGAAGGAAAGAUGUCAUUCACCCAGGAGCAGGAGGCGACUGCAUCUGUGGUUUCAGGGGAGGAUAGCGAAUCCCCCAGCGGACUCAUCUCGGCUGGGCAGGCUGCGACCACCGCCGCGGAUGCAGACGAGAGCAACGGGCAAGAAGAAAAGAUGCCAUCCACCCAGGAGCUUCUGGAAGGGUUGGAGAUGCAGGUCGAUGAAGGGGACGAAGACGGGGACCUGUCUCUCUUAGAACCGAUUCUGUAGGCUCCAGCACCGGCAUAGAAGUGGCCCAGGUGAACCUACAUCACGCAUCGGCAGCCUCGGCAGUCAUCGUGAAGAGGUUCAUCUCGGAUAACCUGGGCAUCCUUCUAAUCCAGGAACCUUGGGUGUUCAAAGGAGAGGUAAGAGGCCUCAACAUGAGAAGGAGCAAGAGUUUCUAACGCAAGACCUGGUGGCGGUGCAAGUGAAGGACAAGGAAGGAUCGGACUUCGUCCUUGCAUCCGCAUACUUUCCGGGAGAGUCAGCCACAGCACCCCCCCCAUCGAUACUUGGUCUGGUGGAGUAUUGUAAAUCCAACAAUCUCCCCCUGAC